CGCCCGCACUUUCUUAGAUGCCACUGUUGGCGGAGAGGAAGUUCCGGAGGACCGCAGCACGCAGACGCCAGAGCUCGGGCUCGCGCCAGCGCGCCGUAAGUGCGCAGGCGCGCCGGUCGUUCUCUUUUCGGCUCUUCCUUCUCCCGGUCUCCGGACGUCAGCGGCCGUUGGGUCCUAUGUCGCGCCGGGCCCUCCGGAGGCUGAGGGGGGAACAGCGCGGCCAGGAGCCCCUCGGGCCCGGUGCCCUGCAGUUUGCCCUCCAUGAUGACGAUGAUGCGGAAGAAGAAGGUCCAAAGCGGGGAACAGGCGGCCGGCGCCCCCGGGGCGCAGGGAAGGAAGGCGUCUGCGUCAACAACCGGUUCGAGCUGAUAAACAUUGAGGACCUUGAGGAGGGACCAGUGCUGAAUGGGGAGAGACCCGAGUGUCUGCUCACAGGGAACAGAAGGAGAUCCCAGAGUGGAGGUGCAGAUGCCAAGAAAGCUGGAGAAAUGGCUGGCAAAGCAGCACCCCCAGAGCAGUCUAAUAUAAGUGGCAAACUCCGAAAGAAGAAAAAGAAACAGAAAAAUAAGAAAAACACUACAGGAGAAAUUCUGGAAAAUGGGCUGGAAGAUAUUGAUCGCAUCCUGGAGAGGAUUGAGGAUGGCAGUGGUUUAAGCCGCCCAGGCCCGCCUCCCCUGAGCUCAAAGAAGCACGUCCUAUAUGUGGAGCACAGACACUUGAAUCCAGACACAGAACUGAAAAGAUAUUUUGGUGCUCGAGCUGUCCUGGGGGAACAAAGGCCGAGGCAGCGGCAGCGUGUGUACCCCAAGUGUACGUGGUUGACGACCCCCAAGAGCACCUGGCCACGGUACACCAAACCAGGUCUGUCGAUGCGGCUGCUGGAGUCCAAGAGAGGCCUCUCCUUCUUUGCGUUUGAGCACAGUGAGGAGUACCAGCAGACACAGCACAAGUUCCUGGCCGCCGUGGAGUCCAUGGAGCCCAACAACAUCGUGGUUCUGCUCCAGACCAGCCCGUACCACGUUGACUCGCUCCUGCAGCUCAGCGACGCUUGCCGCUUUCAGGAGGAUCAGGAGAUGGCCCGAGACCUCGUAGAGAGAGCGCUCUACAGCAUGGAGUGUGCCUUUCAUCCCUUGUUCAGUCUCACCAGCGGGACCUGCCGGCUGGAUUACCGCAGACCCGAGAACAGGAGCUUCUACCUGGCCCUCUACAAGCAGAUGAGCUUCCUGGAGAAGCGCGGCUGUCCCCGCACGGCGCUGGAGUUCUGCAAGCUCAUCCUGAGCCUGGAGCCGGACGAGGACCCUCUGUGCAUGCUGCUGCUCAUCGACCACCUGGCCUUGCGAGCGCGCAACUACGACUACCUGAUCCGCCUCUUCCAGGAGUGGGAGGCUCAUCGAAACCUGUCUCAGCUCCCGAAUUUUGCCUUCUCUGUGCCGUUGGCCUAUUUUCUGCUGAGUCAGCAAGCAGACCUCCCUGAGCAGGAGCUCAGCUCUGCGAGGGAACAGGCCUCUCUCCUGAUCCGACAGGCGCUCACCAUGUUCCCUGGAGCCCUCCUCCCUUUGCUCGAGUACUGCAGCGUGCGGCCAGAUGCCGCUGUCGCCACUCACAGCUUUUUCGGACCAGACGCGGAGAUAAGCCAGCCCCCUGCCCUGAGCCAGCUGGUGAGCCUGUACCUCGGAAGGUCGCACUUCCUCUGGAAGGAGCCGGCCACCAUGAGCUGGCUGGAGGAGAACGUCCGCGAGGUUCUGCGGGCGGUGGACGCCGGGGACCCUGCGGUGGAAGCAUGUGAGAGCAGGCGGAAGGUGCUGUACCAGCGUGCGCCCAGAAACAUCCACCGCCACGUGGUCCUGUCUGAGGUCAAGGAAGCCGUUGCCGCCCUCCCCCCGGAUGUGACCACGCAGUCUGUGAUGGGCUUUGACCCUCUGCCUCCUCUGGACACCAUCUACUCCUACGUCAGGCCAGAGAGGCUGAGUCCUGUCAGCCACGGAAACACAAUUGCCCUCUUCUUCCGGUCGUUGUUGCCCAACUACACCAUGGAGGCAAGCAAGGAGAGCUUGGCACCCUGCCUCUUCCAGCCUUAAAUACAUCCAGAUGGGGAGGUGAUGUCCAGAGCUGCAGCAGCCAUUUUGCAACCAGGAGUCGGUGACCUCCAAAAUGAAGAGCCAGUGUCCUAGGGGUAGUGAAGCAGAGAGAGGCUGGCCCCAGCCCGUGAUGGAACUGCUCCCCUCUGGGCCUGCUGUCCUGAGGGACUCACAGCUCCUCAGUGCUCAGCCAGGCUGGUUGGGUUUAGGUUAUUACUUGCAGUUCUUUGUUUCUAUUGGAGACAAGAAGACAGCCAGGUCUCACGUCUGAACAUCCGCUCUAAGACUCGACCUGCCACCCCGUGUCCAGGUGAGCGUGAAUCGGCUCCUCCCGGGGCUGAUGCGUUGUGCCCUCUCCCACCAAGCCAGACCCCACCUCAGGGUCUCUGGCGCAGACACUGCAGGGUGGGCGCAGAAGCCAUUCCCCUCCCUGAGUUCAAAGAACCCACUGUGACCCAGCCCUGAGCCAGGCCUUCCCGAGAUCCUCCC